CCCGAAUCGCUACGCAUUGUCCAUAUUUAGACGACGGAGCGAGGACGUCCAAACAGAGCUGCCCCUUCGCGAGCUCGCUCCCGCGCCGAUCUGGAGAAGUUGGAGACAAGAAGACGGCCACGCCACUGCCCCGAGGAGCUCGCCGUCGCUGAGAUGGAAAACUCAUAUGAGCUGGACUCACAGAUCAACAACUCCUCAUUUCUAGACAUGAUGAAUGUAGGAUCGAGUGACACAAAUUGUUAUGGAACAGCAGAUUGUAGCCCACUUGCGGAACAAGUGACGAUGCCUCCACAAAAGGGGAAAAAAUCUGCGAAACCAAAAUCAGCAAAAGGAGCCUCCACAAAAGGGGAAAAUUGGUCAACUGUUGAGGACUUGGUGUUGAUUCAAGCAUGGGCAAACACUAGUCUGGAUGCGGUGACCGGGACCGAUCAGAAUUCAAGUACAUAUUGGGGUAGGAUUUCAGAUCACUACGACGCUCACAAAAAACCGUCAUGGCCGGAGCGUGGUUCUAAUGGACUCACUUGUCGUUACAACGUUAUUUCAGCGCUCACGAGCAAGUUCUGUGCAUGUAUUCAACAGAUAUUAAAUAGAAAUUGUAGCGGAAUGACUCUCUCUGAUAAGGAAAGAGAUGCACACCGCAUGUACAUUGAACUGGAUGAGAAAAAGAAGCCAUUUACAUUAAUGCAUUGCUACAUAGAGUUUGAGAAGUAUCCAAAGUGGCAGACACGUCCGCUUCCUCAGAAGAAACAAAAGAAUACCUCGGAUGCAAGUCCGAGUACAACCUCCAACGAUAAAGACUUCGGCGCAUGCACUGAUGCUCUUGAAGAAGAGCUAAGACCUCCUGGUACGAAGCAUGACAAGAAUGAACGUUUGAGGAAAGGUAAAACUUCUGAAUCCAAUGAUAGUGGUUGCAAGUUAUCAUUAGAAAGUGUGUGGGCACAGAAGAUAGAGAAGGAUGAUAUCAAAGAGGCCACAAAAAUUGCUCGCUACGCGAGAGCUUUUGAAUUGCAAGAGAAGCAGAUUGCAUUGCAAGAGAAGGAGGAUGCACGGAAACAGUUUGAAUUAGAUGAGAAAAUCAUGCUCAUGGACACAUCUCAUAUGAGUGAUGCACAUAAGCAAUUCUACAAGAAUAAACAAGAUGAGAUCAUUGCUCGCUGCCAGAACACAUCUGGUUAACCUUCAUUUGUUGUUCUGUCUACUAUUUCUUAUCACUUGAACUAUUUGUCACUUGAAUUAUUUGUCACUUCAACUAUUUGUGACUUGAACUAUUUGUCACUUCAACUAUUUCUUAUGCAUACAUGAAAAACUAGAUGAAAGGAAAUAGACUACAAAGUUACUUGUACUACAUCAUUCGUGUCCAAACUUCUGCCAGAGGUGCUCAACUAGAUCAUCUUGAAGCUGAGAAUGUUCAUCUUUGUUUCUAAUUUGCUGAUGCAUCUGAAUAAAUGCACUCAGCUCUUCCGCAUGAGUAGAGGACACCCUGACUCUUUCUCCCAUUGCCUCAUAAGUGUUGUUUUGCUGACCAGUGUGUCGUUCGUCUUCAACUGUCAUAUUGUGCAUUAUGACACAAGCUUUCAUGACAUCACCGAUUUCUUUACGUUUCCAUCCUUUCGCAGGUCCUCGGACAAUGGCAAAACGGGAUUGCAAAACUCCAAAGGCUCGUUCCACAUCCUUUGUUUGACCCUAGUAAACGGGAUUGCAGAACGUUGAAGAACAUUCAGAUCGUUGUUUGACCCUAGUAAACCAAAGAAAGCAUGCCAAAUCCAAAGAUCUUGGGAAGCAACUGCUUCCAAGAUCAUUGUGGGCUCUUUCACAUGACCUUUAAACAUGCCAUGCCAUUUUUUGGGCAAUUUUUCCAGCCCCAAUGCAUACAAUCUAUACUCCCUAACAUACCAGGGAAUCCUC